UAGAGCCAGUGAUAACGUCAUAGAAUUUUAACUGAGCAAAUUACCAGCAUUUGGUCAAAUCACGUGCGCAAUGCUUGGAGCCGCCAAAAGUCAGCGACAAUAUUCUACCGUUACCCGUUGUCGCGUUCCAAGCAAAGGUUAUUCUGCAAUGUCGCAGCCAGAGGAUGCUAUUGAUAGAACACCAGAGUAUAAUCGCUUUAUGGGCGAACUCAGGGAGUUUCACAAACGCCAUGGCACAUUCCUACAAGCUGAACCUGUUUUGGGUGGUAAAAAGCUUGAUCUACUCAAGAUUUGGCAACGUGUCCAGGAAGCAGGUGGUUUUGAACAGGUCACGCAAAGUCGUACAUGGAAACAAGUUGGCGACCCUUUCAACUUUCCUGUGACUUGUACCAAUAGCGCUUAUGUUUUGAAGGCUGUUUACAUAAAAUACAUGUUGGGCUACGAAGAAGAAAAGGUAUGGGGAAGGCAGUGGGUGCCACCAAGUGAUGCUCUAGAGGUCAAUCAGCGGCCUGGACAAGCCGCAGGAUCUCCUGGUCCUCCAAAGCUUCCUGUAGCGUAUAAGCCAACAAACGUUGUACGACGCACUGCCACAGCCUUUACUCCGCAAGCUGCUUCAGGGCCAUACACAGCGCAACCAGGACCACAGCGACCACCGCCAAAUAUGCCUCCUACUAGACAAUUAAUGCCUUUUGAUGUACUUAUGUAUGACGAGAAUUUUCGCACUCGUAUAACUCUGGCGCUCAAAUCUCGACUACCGAAUGAGAUUGAUUGGGCAUUCAAUAAUCUCGUUCGGUUAUCUUUUGCGUCAGAUAAUUUUAACUUCGGGUAUAUGCCUCAAUUAUUGGAGAGCCUUAUCAGUUUUGCGGAUCCCUUCUUUCAAAAAUACGUGUUCUUACCGACUGGAAGCGAUGUCAAUGCCACAAAUGUAGCUCUGCCUGAAGAUGAAAGCGCUCAAUUGAACGGCGUUACCGCCAUGGAAGGCAUUGAGCAAGAAAAUGACACAAUCAUUGCCCCUUCCACUACACAAGAUGAGAAUUUCGAAUAUAGCAGUCCCAGCGAUCCUACAUUAUCGCAGCAUGCUGCCAACGAAACAGACGAUCACCUUUUCAACAGUAAAGAGUAUCAAGAGAGUUUGGAGCGUGUCCUUCAAGUUUUACAUAUCUUGCGAAACGCAUCAUUUCUGGAAAGCAACAUGCGUACCAUAUCACAAAACCGUGAGCUACCAAGUAUGCUCAUCAAAGGCCUGGCAUUCUCAGGUCGGGCUCAAUAUAUUGAAUUGUCUCGACACUGUCUUGAUAUACUAGAGAACAUCGCCCCGUGUAUCAUUUUGAAGAGCCGUGUGGAUCCAUACCUUGUCUCCUUGUCUAGGUUGGUGUUCACAAACGACAAAGCGUUGAUAUUAGGAGCUACGAAGGCAUUAACUCGUGUAGCAGUUACGGAAGUGAACGAAAAGAUUUUCACGAUUCCUGAUCUGGAUCUGUUGAAACGAAUGAUUGAAUUCUUAUUCGUCAAUGACGAAGAACUUCUUGCUGCUACUUUAGAGUACUUGUAUCAACACACCAGUCUUCACAGCGACCUUGCGACAGAGCUUCUCAACCUAUAUCCUGGAAACCUUAUUGGUUUGCUCACUGGAUUUUUGUAUUACAACUCUUCAAUUGUACCCAAUGGAACCGUUGCAAAUACAGACAUGGUGAUAGAGACUGAGCAACCGCAAGGUGGUGGUCCCACACAACCGUCUAAAGGACCUAGCAUACCGGACUUGACGAAUUAUGCACAGCUAGAUGAACCCUUCCGUUGCUUAGGAUGGGUUAAGGAUAAGCUUGAGUCAAGCGGUCCAGAGGACACAUUGACGUUAGGUGAAGUUUACAAAACCUAUCAAGUUCGGUUUGAAAACAACAAACCACUUGGCAUCAAAGAGUUUUACACUGUGCUCAAGAUUGCACUACCUCAAGCGAAUCAGCCUGCUGAGCUAGAGCUGGAAAAUGUAAAGCUACAAAACAUAAAGUACAAAUCAAGACUGGAUUUCAACUGCCUUUGGCAAGAUUGUACGGAAGGCUUUGCAUCCGAAAAGGAGUUGCAUCAACACAUUCUUGAAAAGCACGUUCCAAAAUCCGAUGUGCCCACCGAGUACACCUGCAAAUGGAUGUCAUGUAACCGAUUUGCAACACCUGUAGCUGAUCGCCAUACGGUGUUGUCGCAUCUUCGAAUUCAUUUUGCACCGAAACCGAAGCAAUCCAUCAAAAAGCGAAUACUUAUGUCUCCCAAAAACGCUCUCCCGGUCGAUGACUCCGAGAUUUCUGGCGUUCCACUUACUGCAGCACUUCUCUUAAGAAACUUGGUCAAGGAGAAGCGACACCAUGAAUACUUUUUACCUUAUGAGCAAGAUAUCACCAUGACUGGUAUUCAUCGCCCGAAAUUAGAACGAUACACUGUUGCUGUUAUGACUGCUUUGCAAUCAUGACAACCUUCCAUUUCUUUCCUUCAUAUACCGUUACAAGCGCAAGUUAAUUGAAAACCUUUUAAAAGAGUUCUACAAGAUUUGAGAGACUGUUUCUACUACAUCUGUAAACCUAAUAAAUGACUGUACAUAUUGAA